CAAUCAAGCCUAACAUGUUCGUCCAAUUCCCAUCCCAACAAGAAAGAAAUCCAGGUGCUUGAUUGGGGCCAACAACAAGAUGAUGAAGAUUGCAUUGGUGAUGGUGAUGGUGAUGUUCUUGUGUGGGGCAGAAGCAUCGAUAGGCAUCAAUUGGGGAAGGGAGAGUGCCCAAAGAUUGGUCCCAUCACAAGUUGUGGAUUUGUUGUUGCAAAAUGGAAUUGGACGAGCAAGAUUAUAUUCCGCUCAAACAGAUAUUGUGGCUGCAUUCGAAGGAAGUGGCAUUAAUUUGACCAUAACCAUAAACAAUCCUUCAGCAAUAAAAAGUAGGGAAUCGGCAACGGCGUGGAUCAAGGCAAAGGAAUUCUAUUUCAAUCGUUGCAACAUAAAGUCCAUCUUUCUUUUCGGGUAUGUGUUUUUGAAUGGGAUGAAGGGCGGUUUGGGGCCAUUGAUCAAGGCAUUGGAGUCACAACGUCUGCUGCAAGACGUUCUGAAUGAGCGUGGGUUCGGCCACAUAAAGGUGAACUUCCCGCACAUUGAUAUGGAAUUGGUCUCCAACGUCACAAAGCCAUCUGAAAGCGACUUCUACGACAUCAUCAAGCCACACAUGAUCCAACAUCUGCAAUUCCUCAGGGAAAACAAUGCUCCAUUUCAAGUCGAGAGCAUCCCAAUCAUCAACGCCGCUUUGAAUAACUUCGACCCCAGCUUCGCCUUCCCGGGCAACGCUUCCACCCAAGUCAUCAAGGACACCAACGGCGCUGUCUACACCAACAUCGUGGAGUGGCAAUACGACUCCUACGUGUGGGCCCUUGAAAAGCUCAACUUCUCCGACAUCCGUGUAGACUACAGCAUGCUAGGGUGGCCCACCGACGGGUACACUGGAGCCAACUUCUCCAGCGCAGAGUACUUUUACAAGCACCUCCUGCCUUGGGUGAGUAGCGACAAGGGCACUCCAAAGCGCCCCGGCCACCCAAUCAACGUUAAUGUGCACAGUCUCACCGACGAGCACAAAAUGUUGUUAUCCUACCCGUUCGCGCGGCACUGGGGCAUCUACCGCUCCAAUGGGCAGCCCAAGUAUAAGAUCGAUCUCUCCGGGCAGGGUCGGGACAUGUACCCCACCACCGUCCGGGGCAUUAUGCACAUGCCCAACCGGUGGUGUGCCUUCAAUGGGGAGCGUCGUGACAUAGGCAAGGUCAGGGCCCAGCUCGAGCGGGCGUGCAUCGGCAGCGAUUGCACCAGCACCUACCCCGGGGCCUCGUGCAGCUCCCUCACCUUCGAACAGAACAUUACCUAUGCCUUCAACAUGUAUUUCCAGUUCCAAUUCCAGGAUGAGAAGUCGUGUGAUUUCGAGGGCUUGGGCCACGUCGUUGUCAACGAUCCCUCAACAGACGCCUGCGUCUUCCCCGUCGAGGUUGUCAAAGGCCAACAAGUCAACUUUAUGCCCAAAAACUCUGGACGCGCCUUCCGCCCUUCCACGGCCUUCUUCUGCUUUUCAAUUUUCCUCUUUUUUUAUUUAUCUAUGUAGGACAAUCUUGUAUAACUAAAUCACUCAU